AGCAGCAGCAGCAGCUGGUGCAGCCGAAGAGCCGACUUUGUUACCGCGGAGCCACCGGAGGUGAAACGGCGGAGCCAAGUCCCUGGCAAAAAGUGUGAAGAGUUUGGGGGGAAACGGCGGUGACCGGGGUUUGACGGCGGCGACUGUUUCACGAACCCGUCGGCGCGUUUGAACUUUGUGUUUCGGCUGAAUCAAAGAGGCUUCUUUCUCAAAGUUGAGCCGAAGAGGACUUAUCUCAUCCAGGAUGUCGGGCUGAGACAAAGGGGUCUGGGGGGCAUUCCCGUCGCCGGAGCGGUCAAACCUGAGUCUUGAACUCUCCCCUGGAUGGGAAAGAUGGAGAGGGAGCUGCUAUGGUGGAAAGGACAGCUAGCUUCAGAUAUCCAUCAGUCCCUCCGCAUCAAGGAGUUGAAGUUACCAGUCUAUCGGGCCCACUCACCGCAGAUUGGCAUGCGGCGGUACUUUGCAGACCUGCUGGCCAUCCUCAGUAACCGCUACCAGCUAUGUCCCACAGCACGUCACCUGGCCGUCUAUCUGCUGGACUUGUUCAUGGACCACUACGAUGUGGCCGUCAAGCAGCUCUACGUGAUAGCCCUCUCAUGUCUUCUCCUAGCUAGUAAAUUUGAGGAGAAAGAGGACCGGGUUCCUAAACUGGAGCAGCUGAACUCUCUGGGUUUCAUGUGCAGCCUGAACCUGGUUCUCAACAAGAGGGAUCUGAUUAAGAUGGAGCUACUGCUGCUGGAGACCUUUGGCUGGAAUCUGUGCAUGCCCACACCCGCCCACUUUAUUGACUACUACCUCCAUGCCUCGGUGCAGGAGGGCGACCUGUACAACGGCUGGCCCCUGUCCUCCCUCUCCAAGACCAAGGCUUUCAUGGACAAAUACACUCACUACUUCCUGGAAGUGUCAUUGCAAGAUCAUGCCUUUCUGAGUUUCCGACCGUCCCAGGUUGCAGCUGCAUGUGUUGCAGCAUCUCGCAUUUGCCUUCAGAUUUCCCCAAGCUGGACAACGGCUCUACAUCUGCUUACUGGCUACACAUGGGACCACCUCACCCAGUGCAUUGAGCUUAUGCUGCUUGCCCACGACAGCGACGUUAAGGAGGCCAACAAAACCAAAUCCACUCCUCCUCACCGUCCCUCCUCCCUGCAGUCUCAGGUCCAGACCUCUCACCUCUCCCCAGUGUCGGCCAUUCAGAGACCGGCCUCCUCUUCCUCUUCCUCCUCCUCCACCUCAUCCACGCCACAGCUGCUCUUUCAGCCUGAUGGCUUCCCACACUUCUCCCAGCAUUCUCCAUCCCUGUCCCAGCUGCAAGCGUUAGCAGACUCCCAGGGUCUGGGGCCUGUGGUGAACAUGUCUCAGGACUUCCUUCAGAGCCACAGGAUGGGGCUGCUAACUGGGGCGCCCUCCAUCACUCCUGGCAGUGGGUUCCCCUCCUACCCAAGCCUCACCUCUGGUCUACAGCCGGGUACACGUGCACUGCCGCUCCAGGGUCCGAUUUCUGUGCAAAUGACCCUGGCAGGAGAGCCGCGGCACUGUCUGAGCAUGGCCUACAGCGGGGGCUACCUGGGCGCUCAUCAUACCUUCACAGCUGGCUGCUUUGACAGGUGACGCCAGGAGACGGAGAGGGAUCACAAACCCGUGCGGGAGUGCGCUGCCAUGCUUUCAACCCAGCUCCCUGCCCUGAAACAUCCGCUCACAGACCUCCUCUCUCUCUCCGUCGGCACCACAGCACCCUCAGCCUGCCCCGCCCCCCAGUCACAGAGACGCCUCAAACGCAAGCAGAGGUCCAAAGGCAAGGCGGACCCGGUGGAAGUCAUCACGCUCACGUGACAAACGUUCCACUGUUUUUAAUACGGAGGCAUUGCAAAGAACAUGUUGUUGCCAUAUCGUGAACUGGUUUUUAUAAAUCUGUGUCAUCACUGUGAAUGAAACAGUGCACACACCUCAUUCAGUGCCAGUUCUCAGUUGUGUGAUAGCUGAGCCAGUUUUACGCCAGGUUCAUAGUAGACGCACGUGCAUCUCACGCAGCUGUGUCACGUCUGCUGAUAAAACCUAACUUUUUUUAGUCACGAGGACUCUUCAGUAUAAAGCCCCACAUCCGUUGCUUCUGCACAUACUGUAUUUUAUGAAAAAAAAAGGGAUUCAGGGAACUGAAAUGCUACCGUGCUUUUACUUUAAAAAAAAAAGAAAAAAGUAUGUGGCAGAUACAGACACUGAAACAGUCUUGUAAGAUCAUUUUCACUGUCUAAUUUGCUCCAAGACACUUGUGACUCGCUUGAGAAACGAUCUGUAUCCAAAAAGAGCUGUGUGACGCACCAGAGACACACGGCUCGCACAGACGGUGUAGAAUCUCUCGUCAGUUAACGUGUGCCUGAAUUUGCAGACGCGUCCAGUGUGAACGCGGCUGUAGACGCGUGCACAGAACACGACGUAGCUGUGGACGAGGAUAUCUCACUGUUUCAUGCAUUUAUUUUCUAAUCCAAAAAAUUUUACUUUUUUUUUUUUUUAUUAAAAAUUGGCUGAUAUUGUUUAUUGAGCCACUAUUUGAGAGAGAUGGAGGAGGAAACGGAGGCUUGUUGCCGACUCGGUAAGAAACAAAAAGUGUCCUUGUCAGGGAACACUGAUCACUGCGUGUAGGCUCAGGGAGUCCCUCGCUCGGCUUGAACACACCUGCAGUUGCUUCAUUAGGUUUCGGUUCCUCCGCUCACCUUCACGUUCAUCUCUUCUCUCCCUCCUCCAAAGUCGAGCCUUGUGGCAGAGCCGUCGCACGCGCGGGUGAACACGUGGUUCUCUUGAAGCCGCCGGCUCUGUUGUACUAAAGUUGAAAUAUCUCCCGACGUCCACGACACAAACGGACGUGAGUGGACCAGCGUUAGUGAAGGAGAUGUGGACUUUGGUUGUGUUAUUGUACAUAUUGAAUUGCUGCUGCCUUCUUGUGACUUAUUGGUUCUGUGUCUGUGUUAAUGACUCUAAUGUUUACAUGAACCACUAAGUAUCAGGGACUUGACCAAGAUUACUUGAAUAUGAUGGCAUUGAAACAUGCCAUAGCUUUUAUUUAUGAUGACUCUCUUUCUUUUAUUCAUUUUGUUUGAUAUAGUGUAGCUUUUUAUACCCACUUAGAAACACCCCAUUGAUUAAUAUUUUUUUUGUACCUCCUCAUGUAAACUGUAUAUUCCAGCUCAGGUUUUAAGGCCGCAUUUCGCAGCCUUCUCAUUAUUCUGUGCUAUUAUGCUUUAACGUGGAUGCUAGUUCGGCAUCUGCGGGGGUCCUUAAAUGUUUCCCCGUCCUCAUCACUGGACCAUACUCUGCUCUCAACUCUGCUGUCUAAUGACUUCCAAGAUUCCCAAAGCUGCAGUUCCCACUCUUCCACUUCCUGUUUAGAGAUAAGCACAUCCAGAUUCCCAGCGCCAGUGGUUGCCGUGGCAAUAUCUUAAAUGACCGUGGACGUCGUUGCCUGAAAUCUAACUGUGGUUGAGUUUGUAGUUCUUAUCUGUUGAUUUACCCAACCAGCAGUCAAAAAGGUCAAAUCUGCUAAUUAUAAUUGAAGUGUCUCAUCAGUGCUUCAGCUGUAGACUGAACGGAAAUGACUGCUCACUGUAGUUAAAGUUAAAAGAAAUCUCUAUUCUGUACAUAAACAUUUAAACUGCCUUUUAAAAUCGAACACUGACAUUUCAAACUGUGUCGCUGUAGAUGCGGGACAUUUUCCUGGCGCUGCGUCGUCCUCAGCUGCUGCAACGCUCGAGCAGUGAACCUUGAAUGCAUAAUUCAGAUGCGCGUCAUCCUGAAGUCGCCUGAAAGCUGCAACUACUCGAACUAAACUUUACUGCAACUCACAUGUUUGUUUUCCCCACCGUUGGAUAGGACAUGCAAAUUAGUUUUGCCACCAUGAACUAAGAAACUAUGCCUUUAUUUUGCUAACAUUUAUGUACAGUUGUAUGUGUGUUGUUUUUUUGUUUACAUUCCCUUUGUUUUCAUUGUAUUUUAGUUAAAGAUGUUCAUGAUUCUCUGGACAAAUGCUAUUGGUUUGAACUAGUUAAGUUUAUAUAUAUAUAUUUUUUUUUUUUCUAAAGAGUUCAACUUGCUCUUUUCCUCAUCAUUCACGAGCAACUUCUCACUGAGGUGUCAAAGGUGCAAUAAGGUGUGUUUCUCCUGUCUGAACUGACCACAGCCAUCACUGUCUCGUGUUCACCACUGGUUUCAUCUGCUUUUCUAACUUAUUUCUUUUUGGUAAUUGUGUGAGGUGACUUGCUGCAGCUUGGUUUCCUCUAGAAGGCGGUGGGCUCUGAACACAAUGAAUAUGUUGCAUAUUGCAGCCUCUUCCUUUUGAGUGAGAGAUAUUACUGAAUAGUUUUGUUUUGUUUUUUUUUAGUUUGUAUUUUACUGUGCAUUUGUCCGUCCUGUGAAAGGCGACGUCACUCAAACCAAAAGAGAAAAAGAGCAACACACGCUUGUCUAACGUGACAUUAAUGAAAUGACACCACAAACAACCCCCCCCAUUAUUAUUUUUUUUAAUUAUUAUUUUGUACCAAUCUGUAGUCUUGUUUUAUGUGACACUAAAUGAUAAUGGUGCCAUAGAAAAAAUAAACCACACAUGAACUGA